AUGUCUACUCCGCCGGUUCCACCGCCGCUCCCGCCGCAUCAGCAGCCGCAACAAGGGCCGCAUCCGCCGACAACCAACGCGGCGUUGCUCCAGAUCUUGGCCCAGCAGCAGCAGCUGAUGACCGAGCUCGCGGCGCAGGUGAAGGGGAUGUCGAGGGAUGAAGUCGUGCUAGACUCACUCUCCAGCAACAUCGCCGAGUUUGCGUACGAUCCGGAACAUGGGUGCACCUUUGACUCCUGGUACGCGAGGUAUGCGGAUCUGUUCGACAAAGACGCGGGCAAAUUGGACGACGCAGCGAAGAUCCGGCUACUCAUGCGGAAGUUAAACCCAGCGGCCCACGAACGAUUCACGAGCUUCAUCCUCCCUAAAACGCCCAAGGACUUCAACGAGUUCUCUGUGGUCGUGACGAAGCUCAAGACCAUCUUCGGGACGCCAGUGUCCGUCUUCAACCGCAGAUUCCACUGCCUGCAAAUAACCAAGGACGACGCCGAAGAUUUUGUGUCCUACUCUUGUCGGGUGAACCGGGCAUGCGUCGACUUCAAGAUCAGCGAACUCUCCGAAGAACAGUUCAAAACGCUAAUCUUCGUGUGCGGACUGAAGUCUCCCCGUGAAUCCGACAUCCGCAUGCGACUGAUCACCAAACUGAACGAGCGAGCGGAGGUCACGCUGGAGCAGGUGGUCGAGGACUGCAAGAACCUGGUCAACCUUAAGAAGGACACCAGCCUCGUGGAGAAGCAGGGAGCACCUGCGCUCGUCCAGGAGGUGCGGCAAAGCAGAUUCAAGGCGAAGCAGGACAAGCCGGACAAGCAGAAGCAGCAGCAUUCAUCCGAAGCUGGCCCCAGCAGUGGCCAACCCAGUGCUCCGUGCUGGUCGUGCGGGGGCAUGCAUUAUUCAGCUGACUGCAAGUUCCGGGACCACGUUUGCCGCGACUGCAAGAAGAAGGGGCACAAAGAAGGGUAUUGCGCCUGUUUUGCGAGGAAGGGGAAGAAGAAACCCCCGUCCAAGGGCGUGAAGGUGGUAUCAGUCAAGAACGUCAGCCAGAGGAGGAAGUUUGCCGAGAUCGAGAUCAACCAGGUCCCGGUGCAGCUGCAGAUCGACUCAGCGUCGGAUAUAACCGUCAUUUCCGACCGGUGCUGGAAGCAGAUUGGGAGUCCUUCCGGUGUCAAACCAUCGUGCAGCGCGAAAACGGCCUCUGGGGCACCCCUUGACCUCGCACUGGAAUUCUGGUGCGACGUGGAGAUCAGCGGCAUCACGAAGCGCAGCCUGUGCCGCGUCGUGUCUCCCAAAAUCGACUUGAACAUUCUUGGCGCUGACUGGAUUAGUGCAUUUGGGCUGUGGGACGUUCCAUUCAGCUCGUUUUGCCGCAAAAUCGCCGAGUCAGCCCCCGAUGCCGUUCAAGCACUGCAAGCACAGUUCCCCAAAGUCUUCACCAGCGAGAUGGGACUGUGCACCAAGACGAAAGUUCAGCUCGCACUCAAGGAGAACUCGAAGCCUGUGUUCCGUCCCAAGCGUCCCGUGGCGUAUGCGAUGCAGAGCGCCGUGGAGACCGAACUUCAACGACUGCAGGAUCUCGGAGUUCUCGUGCCGGUGGAUCACUCCGAUUGGGCGGCGCCGAUCGUCGUCGUACGGAAGCCGAACGGGUCCGUGCGGAUCUGUGCUGACUUUUCCACCGGGCUGAACAGCUGCUUGGAACCAAACCAGUACCCGCUCCCUCUGCCGGAGGACAUCUUUGCGAAGAUGGCGGGUUGCAAACUGUACAGCCACAUCGACCUGUCGGAUGCCUAUCUGCAGGUUGAAGUCGAUCCGAAGGACCAACACCUGCUGACCAUCAACACGCACAAAGGGUUGUACCGCUACACCCGCCUCACUCCGGGCAUCACCUCUGCACCGGGGUCCUACCAACAGUUGAUGGACACAAUGGUUGGCGAUCUCAACGGAACCUGUGGUUACUUGGACGACAUCCUUGUCGGUGGCCACACACCGGAAGAGCACGAUCGCAACCUUCAGCAGGUCCUCCGCCGUCUCGAAGAGUACGGCCUCACCGUCCGGAUCGAAAAGUGCAGUUUCCGGAUGCCUCAGGUCAAGUACCUGGGACAGAUCCUCGAUGGCGAUGGUAUCAGGCCGGACCCGGACAAGACUUCGGCCGUCGCAACCAUGCCGCCGCCUCACGACGUCUCAUCGUUGCGCUCGUACCUCGGCGCCGUAAACUAUUAUGGCAAGUACAUUCCGGAAAUGCGCAAACUCCGGUAUCCGAUGGACCAGCUGCUCAAGGCGGGCGUCAAGUGGGAGUGGUCCGAGGCGUGCCAGCGCGCGUUCAACCGUUUUCGUGAUAUUCUGCAGUCCCCGCUAGCGCUCACACACUACAACCCAAAACUGGACAUUGUAGUCUCGGCGGACGCCUCACAACACGGAAUCGGCGCGCGCAUCGCCCACAAGCUGCCGGACGGCACCGUCAAGGCGAUCUCGUACGCGUCGCGCAGUCUCACUCCCGCUGAAGCAAACUACAGUCAGAUUGAGAAAGAGGGACUCGGACUCAUCUUCGCUGGUUUUGAAAAAGGAAUUUCAACGCUGGACCAAGGCGGAAGUUAG